UCCGGCACAAUGGCUCGCAUUUACAAGCACCCGACUCAUUCAAAAGUCGAGCUGCCAGACAUCGACCUGUGCACGCUACUCUUUGGCAACCUCGCCCAGGACGACACGGUCCUGCACGUCGAGGCGGCCAACCCGCACAACAGCCUGACCAAGGCCAAGCAGCGCGAGGUCGUCGAGCGCAUCGCCCACGGCCUGCGCACGCACUACGCCGUCGGCAGCCAGGGGCCCGACAGGGACGUCGUCACCGUCAUCAGCCACGGCCAGAUCCUGGUGCCCUCGCUGCUCUACGGCGUCAUCGCCGCGGGCGGCGUCUACUCGGCCGCCAGCCCUUCCUCCACCGUCGACGAGCUCGCCCGGCAGAUCAGGGCGGGCAAGUCCCGGCUCGUCGUCUGCGGCAGCGAGCACGCCGCCACGGCCGCCCAGGCGGCAGCCAAGCUGGGCAUCCCGCGCACGAGCGUGCUCGUGCUCGACUCGACCGCGGGCAAGUGGUCCCUCAAGAGCCUGGCGGGCGAUGUCGACGCCCUGUCCCCUCCUUCCCAGCGCCUGCCCUGGGAGCGCAUCACCGACCCGGCCCGCCUCAAGAACAGCCUGAUCGUGAUCCUCUGGUCGUCCGGCACGACGGGCCUGCCCAAGGGCGUGAUGCUGUCGCACCGGAACCUCGUCGCCGAGACCGUCAUCACCUCGAUCCAGAGCCGCGAGUGGGCCAUGAACGAGUUCAUGACCCAGGGCGACGCCUACGUGCCGCCGCCGGCGUACCGCACCCUCGCGCACCUCCCCAUCAGCCACAUCGCCGGCCUCUGGGGCUACCUCGUCGGCCCGCAGUACUCGGGCGGCACGGUGCACUGGAUGCGCCGGUACCACUGGGCCGACCUGCUGCGGUACGCGCGCCAGUUCCAGAUCACAAUCUUCUACACCGUCCCCUCCAUCUACCUGCGCAUCAGCAAGUCCCCCGACGUCACGGACCACUUCGCCCACCUCGUCGGAGCCGCCACCGGCGCCGCCCCCAUGGACGGCACCCUGCAGAAGUCGGCCAACGCCCGGCUCGGCGGCAGUGGCGGCGGUGGCGGCAAGGAGCAGCUGCUCGGGCAGACGUGGGGCCUCAGCGAGACCACCGGCGCCAUCACCGCCCAGCCCAGGGGCGACCCGGACGACACCGGGUCCAUCGGCGCGGUGCUGCCGGGGGUCGAGCUGAGGAUCGUGGACGACGGGUUCCGCGACGUCGAGCCCGGCCAGGAGGGCGAGCUGCUCGUGCGCAGCCCGCUCGUCAUGAACGGGUACUUUGACAAUCCCGAGGCCACCAGGGCCGCGUUCCACGGGGACUGGUUCUGCACCGGCGACAUCGGCGUGCUGAGGGACGGCAAGUUCUACGUCGUGGACAGGAAGAAAGAGCUUCUCAAGUACAAAGGCCUCCAAGUUGCCCCCGCCGAGCUCGAGGGAAUCCUGUUCGAGCACCCAAAAGUCCGAGAGGCGGCCGUCAUUGGACUGCCCGACCCAUCCGCCGGCGACCUGCCAAGGGCAUACAUUGUGCCGGUGGACAAGAGCGACAUCUCGGCCCAGGAGAUCCAGGACUACGUCAGCGAGCGCGUGGCGCCCUACAAGCAGCUCCGUGGCGGCGUGGCCUUUGUCGACGAGAUCCCCAAGAAUGCUGUUGGUAAAUUCCUAAGAAAGGAUCUCAGAGAGCGCGCAAAGAAGGAGCUGGGAAUCACCUCGAAGCUGUAAGGGUUGUGGACAAGGUGGAUCAUGGGAAAGGACCCGUGGCGUCUGUUCCGGAGGCACUGUUCGUGUGACAUCUAUACACGCUCAAAUCUCAAUCAACUGUGAAUGCGGGCGUCCAGUGGACGUAUAUUCCUGUUUGUAAAAUCAACCAGAUGAUUAAGCCCGACAACAAGACUCCUGUAUCGCAGGGCCAAAAACACGGCCCACGCAGCCCAAUAAUAUCCCUCUGACAACAAAAAAUGCAAAGAAGUUGUAAUCGAUGUGCUGUUUCUCGAUCGCGCCAACGCGAGAGACGGGUAUUGAUGCUUCCAACCUUCAAAAAUUAAGCGAUAUGAGACAAA